AUGGCUGUGGAUUACAGUCAAUUCAAAGGUAAACCCUUUCAAGUAGUCUCCAAACUUGGUGUUCGAUAUACAGGUAUAUUCGACCAUAUAAAUCAAGACGAUCAAACCAUCUGUCUGGCGCAAGUGUACAACCAUGGUACCGAGGACAGACCUACAGCUAGGAAAUUACCUGGUUCCAACAAAUCUCUUGGCUGGGUCAGGUUUCAUACUGAAUCUAUCGAAUCCCUUGCCUUAGUCGAGAAUUACAUUCCUCCAGGUGAAGAAGCUCCUGUUGAUCCCAUUCUCGCCUCAGUUAGUCAAAAUGCACCUUCGUCCGUCCACCAAACACAACCACCUCAACAACAACAGCAUCAACAACCAUCUGCGCCUGCCCCUGCAGCCGCGUCAUCAUCAUCACAAUCCCGCAAACAAUCAUUCGAUCUUCCUCCAAAACCCACAGGAGCUGCUAUAUCUGCUGCUACAGCAUUAGAUCGAGUUCAGAGAUCCCUAUCCGAUUUACACGUCAACGAAGAUCCUAAACCGAGGAGGGGACCUAGAGCUCAACCUAUAGAAGUCCCAGAUACUGAAUUCGAUUUCACUGCUGGUAACGAAAAAUUCGAAAAGGAAAGAGAGGCUUUGAAGAGUACUGCAGCCAAUGGCAAUGGUGAUGGUCACGCUCAGGAUGGAGCGGAAGAAGUUGGGGAACCAGAAGCACAACCUCACCCAUCUGCUUUAUCUCCAAACCAAGAAGAGAAACCGCCAGCAGUGAAGUAUAACAAGUCAAGUUUCUUUGAUAACCUUUCGACUGGAACAUCCAGAGUGACAAGAGCGGACGAGAGACAUCGAAACUUCGAUACUUUUGGUGAAGCUGGUGGACCUGCAUUCACUCAGCAAGGUUCGUUCAGAGGUAGAGGCAGAGGUGGUUAUGGACCACCAGGAGCUGGACCAGGAGGUCCACAAAGAGGUAGAGGUGGUUAUGGAGGCAAUGCACGUGGCGGUGGUGAAGGCGGUGGUUAUCGAGGUGGAAGAGGUGGAUAUGGCAAUAACAAUCAAGGUUUUAAUGGUGGACAAAGACAACAAUAUCGUCAACCACAAAGAGAAGAGGCGUUCCAAUGA